AUGGAGGGAACUGCAAAUUUGGUGGUGUAUCGCAAUGGUGAGAUAAUACGUAAUACUCAUGAGGGAGUGAGGUUUGUGUCCCAGAAUCCAUUUUCGUUUGUGGUUCCAUGUACAAUGACAUUAAUGGAGCUGCAGAACGGCCUCUGUCAAAGCAUGGAGAAUGGUACGUUAAUGAGAGUGAGCAGAAUUCUGUACCGAAAUCCGGUUGUGGUUUUUGGUGGUCUAAUACAGUUUGAUGCCAUGCCGAUCACUGAUGAAGCGAGUAUGCAGAAGAUGUUUGAAAUUCACCAGCAGACUCAGAUGCGACACCCACAGAUUGAGGUGUACGUUGAUUUUGAAACUGUAGAGGCAAUGGCGGUUCAGAAUGAUAUAGAUAUACAUGAUGAUAGAGCUGCAGUGUACCAAGGAAUGAAUAGUAACAGCGAAUAUGACUUCGAAGCCACUUAUGAGGCCGGCGACGAAGAUGAGGAUGGUAAUGUGGGAGUUGAGGCAGCAGCAGAGAAUGUAGUGGUGGGUCCGUCGAGCAGUCAACCGAUGGACGUUCCACCUUUUAUGCGUGAGUUGGAUCUCGAGGCCAUGCAUGCCCCCGAGUUUCUGGAAUAUACAAACAUAGGCGUUGCCGAUGGUGAGGACGGGGAGUUCCGGAUUGGAAUGGAAUACAGUUCUAGAAAGUCGGUCGUCGCAGCAAUUAGAAGUUUCACUAUUGUUAAAGGAGUUGACUAUGAGGUGUAUGAGUCUGAGCCACAGACGUUAUAUGCAAAAUGCAAGAUGUACGGGCGCAGAUGUGACUGGCUUAUCCGAGCUAGCUUGAUACGGAAAAAAGGUUGUUGGGAGAUACGAAGAUACAACGGUAGCAACGAUGUCACACACCUCAAGAUGGGGAAGCAAGUCGUCGGGGACGAUCAACCCGUCAUACGGCCGCCACUCAAACUGCCACAGUAUUAUUGGUAUAUUAGAACCCUAACAAUAAUGGUUCAAAAAACGGAUUAG